AUGUCACCAGAAACACCUCGUUCAUCAUUGUUCAAAUCCCGAUUCUCAAUCCUCUCUUUACUGCCCUCUCGACAUCCACCUUUACACGUCUCUCAUCCUAUGCCUCAGCGCCACAACGUAUCUCGACAUCCAACCAUCGUAUCCUCUACAGUCUCGCCAGUCCAUUCUGAAUAUCCCGAUCCUUCUACACCGUUACCUCCCUCAAAACUAAAAAGACCACCACCUUUGGACUUGGAUAAGACAAGGAUGAUGUACCCACCCAAUCAUUCCGACAUCGUCAUUGACCCAGGAACCGGGAAGACUGAACGUCCAGUAUCAAUACCUAUCCUCUACGAUGCUCCACCACUACCGAGCAAGAAAGAUCUCAAAGCUCAAUCUAAACCUAAAUCUAAACCUAUGCCUACUAAAAAGGUGGUAGAAGAGGAUCCCUUCGAAGUGGCAGAAGUAGAAAUUGGACAUAGAUACCCAUCUUGGAAAGGUGGUAAAGUCGAUCUCAAGCCUGGUCAAGUGCUUCCUAGGGAUAUUAUACCUUCUUUAGUAUCUCACCGAUCAGAGUUAUUUUCCUCUUCCCCUAAAGGGAAAACCAGAGAUGAAGUUGAAGGAUUAGAAAAUUACGAAUCUGUCUUACAUAACGUUCUACUCACUCCCACCUAUCUCAGAGCAUCACCACUACCUCCCCGUACAGCUACAGCCUCUCCAUCGUCUCUUGGGGAAUCAUCAAGAUACGCUAAGAGACGGACAUUGUUGUAUAAAGCUAGCGAUAUGAUAAGUGGAGUAGCGAGAAAUGCGAGGAACUCAAAGUGGUUACCUGGUAAAUCGAUAUUGAAACCUACUUAUGCAUUAGAAGCUGGUAGGUCAUUGAGAGCGAUGAAAGAAAGAGAAGAACAAGAGAUGGAUAGAUUCAGAAGAAAUGUCAAACCUGUUAGGUUGAACGUUCCGGAUUAUGAAGAUGAUGAUCACACGAGGUAUCCUAAGCCCAGAGAAAACAUCGGUCAAACUUCGACUUGGUCAAUCUCUUCUUCUUCUAGUCCAGUUAGGGAGAAUAGUGGGACUUACAAGAGAUCGCCUGGAUGGGUGGGUGCGAGAGAAUGGGCGGCGGGAGGCGGUGCUUAUGAUGGUCAGAGAGCCAGGAUGCCUGAGAGAGAUGCAGCGGGUGGGAGCUGGAGAGCUAAUAAUGCGGAAGAGGUGAAACAGAGAACGAGGCAGAGAGUAUGGAAGUACGGUAUUGCAAUUGCCAUUCUUAUUCUGGCCGCUUUGAUUAUCGGUCUCUGUACCACGCUUUUACGCAAAGAUUCCAAAUCAUCUUCAUCCUCUUCUUCAUCAAAUUCGACCGACACAUCUACGACUGCUACUACAUCUGCUGCAGUACCGACUUCGACUUCUUCUGAAACUUUGACGAGCUGCCUGGAUCAAUUCAGAGUAUUACCCACUCCAACAUCAUAUCCAUGUUCCGACUGUGUACCCAUCUUAUCGACUGUAACCAACGAUUUCUCUCAAGCUGUCGUCAAUGGUAAUGUCACGGGAGUAGGAUCAGCUCUACAAUUCUGUGCUCUCAGGGAUAUAUACCAAAAAACGGCUUCGAAAGAUGGUCUGACCGAUUGGAUGAAAGAUGCCUCACCCUGUGGAGGGUGGAGUGGUAUAUCUUGUGAUCCCAGAGGAAGAAUCACCGGUUUGUUACUGCAAUACCCGAAUGUUCCUGAUGAACUGCCUGAGUCGAUCAGUAAUAUAUGGGCAUUGGAGGCUAUACAUAUAAUGGGUAAUAGUAGUGUACCCACCGGUAAAUUCCCAUCCAAUAUCCUCUCUUCUCAAAACGUCAAAACUAUCGAUCUGGAAUAUACAGCUUUGUCUGGCCCUAUCGACCAAGUGUCCUUCUCAACUGCCAGAAAUUUGAAUACACUGGUCCUGGUCAAUAAUCCUAAUUUGGGAAAUACAUUACCUGACUUGUCUGGUAAUACCGCUUUGUUGACUCUGGCAGUCACUGGACAAAGUUUGGUAGAUGCCAGGACUGAUAAAUUACCUAGUGGGAUUACCUAUCUCGAUCUAUCGUAUAACUCAUUAUCGGGUACCAUCCCCAACUUAUCUCAAUUAUCUUCCCUUAACACACUCUAUCUCCAAAAUAACAAGUACACUACCUCACCAUCGACAUUACCUUCAUCCAUCGUCAGUCUGUCGUUAACUUCCAAUACGGAUUUGAGUGGAUCUCUACCUGAUUCGAUAUGCAGUUCGACAGUGUUGGAAAAUUGUGAUUUAAGAUUAACCAAAUUGAGUGGAACGAUCUCUUCAUUAAAUUCAAGUUCGACAUCGUCAUCAACUUCUGCUGCUUCGUCAAGCGUUGCUUCUUCCAGUGCUGGUGCAAGCUCGAGUGCGGACGUGGCUCAGCCUGUUACUACCUCUGCUGCUGUUAGUAGUGCUGCGGCGGCCGGUGCCAGUGCAAGUACGAGUGCUACGUCGAUUAGUACUCUGGGGUCGGCUGUUAGUAUAAUAGCUAGAGAACCAGCUAGUUGUGGAGUAUGUAAAUUUACGUAG